CUCAGACAGACCCCUGUAGCACAAUUCUCGUGGCCAACCCUGUGAAGUGCGCAAACAAUUUGACCGUCCAUUGCGGUGGUUGAGCUCACUCCGCAUCUGCAUCGCUGGAUAGUAUCUUGCUGCCAGUGAAGCACGGCCUGCUUCAUCAUGGCAAUCAACUAUCUGAUUCUCCUCUCUCGGCAAGGCAAAGUGCGUUUGGCCAAGUGGUUCACCACUUUGUCGCCGAGGGACAAGGCCAAGAUUGUGAAAGAUGUCUCACAACUUGUCCUAGCAAGGCGGACACGGAUGUGCAACUUCCUCGAGUACAAAGAUACGAAAAUCGUCUAUCGCCGAUAUGCCUCGUUGUUCUUCAUUGCCGGCUGCUCCUCCGAUGACAACGAAUUGAUUACGCUCGAAAUCAUUCACCGAUAUGUUGAGCAGAUGGACAAGUACUACGGCAACGUCUGCGAGCUGGACAUCAUCUUUUCUUUCACCAAAGCUUACUAUAUCCUGGAUGAACUUCUGCUGGCGGGAGAGCUCCAGGAGAGCAGCAAGAAAAAUGUUCUUCGGUGCAUCUCCCAGCAGGACGCAUUGGAAGAUAUGGAGGUUGAGGACGAAGUCACAAAAAUCAUGUAGAGGAACAGCGACGCUGGACCCUUAUCGAUCCUCUUUGUCUGCUUGGCGACGACUGCUCGAGUUCUGCGGUGGACGAUAUCGUUACUGGUGCAAUGACUGAUUCAUAUUGACACGUGCGAUACAGGAGAUGGAACAGAUCAAGAACGCACUCAAGGAAGGGGGUUUUUUGUGACCUUUGCCGCAGUUGGAUGAUACCACUCUGACGGCAAAGCCGAACCGACAAGCGACGACAUACAAGUUCGAGGUGACACGGCGUUACGGGCAUUACUGGCGUUACGGGAUUGAGCGGAUCGCAACGACGCUUGGAAGGCCCUGCCUUACGAGACAAACGGUGGAAGGGGUCAGACUACAUAUACCCAUCAGGAGGGAGCAAACUCCUUUCGCAGUAUUCGCAGAAUCUAGAUAUGGGCAUUGUAGAUAAAGAGACCACCAGUGCUAGGCCUAUU